AUGGCCUCCCUGGGAACAUCUACCAAUAAGAAAGGCAGGAGCAGGAAAUUUUCAAUUAAUGAAGACAUUAGGAAACCACUUGCCCUCCUCAGCCAAAACAUAAAUCGCCAAAAUUCCGGUACGGAGAAACCACUAUCACAUAUCAGCGAAGAAUCCAAAAAUGCCAUCUCUGUCCUAAUCAACAAACAUGAACGAACCAAAUCAGAACUAGAGAGCAAGAUAUCUUCCGAAGAGAGAAUGAAAACAGAGGUAGAAGAACUACGGGCUCAAGUACAUAAUCUUCACUGUACAAUCAAAGAUGAUCAAAAAACUUUGGAAGAGCUAAAUUCUAGAGUAGAAUUGAGGAUUCGAGAAUCUUCUGCUGUGCCCGAUACACAGGAGACUAUUCUCGAGAAUCUCAUUGCAAAGGAAGCCCUAAUUGAUCGGGAAUUGUUCAACCUUCGGGAUGAUAAAGUCCAGAUGCGAGCUGAGCUAUUGUUUGCCAUGAUGGGGAAAGUGGACGAGUCGAUUGAGCAUCCUGAUCAAGCUAGUCGAGAUAGUAACCUAUUGAUGCGUAAGGAAAUGUAUAUUAUGACUAAACGCUCCAUUGCGCAGGAUACAAAAACUCAGCUUCUAUUAGCAAAAGAGGAUAUCCAAAAACAAAAAUUGGAGAUUUCGAAGGAUGAUCAUGUUGAAGGCUACGUUCCGCUUCGACCCGCCUCUUCAAUUCCACAGGACAGUGAUGAGGAUUCGAUUGUACCAGAUAGUCAUCUAGGAGAGGAUGAAAAUCACCAGGAGGAAGGAGAAAUCAGCUUCGAUGAGUAUCCUGUCGAAAAUAACAUAGAGCAUCGGGAUAUCUCCUGGGUUACAGAUAGUGGAGAAGAAUCCUCGAAUGUACUAGACCAUCGAUUUGGGCAAGAAAACCAAACAGAGGAAGAUAAUGACUUCGCGGCAAUCGAAGAAGAAAAUCAAAGAGAGGAAUACAGUGAAAACCAAACAGAGGAAGAUAAUGACUUCUCCCCAAUCGAAGAGAAUAGACGCCUGAAACUAGAAAUCCAAACUACCUCGGAAAAAAUUCGAAAAUGGAAAGGCAAAUUUGAUCGCUUCCGGCUCGGCACAAAAGCCACCAUUGAACGGCUUGCUUCUGAACUUUUUACUGGUCAAGAAACGCUCAGAGAGUAUAAGACCGCUUUGAACGAAUCUUAUGACACCCGUGGACAACUAGUACACAAUUUAGCCAAGGCAGAGAAAGAAAAAGCUCAUCUUUUUAUUGUGGCCGAAGAAACUGGACUUCCGAUUUUAGCAAGAAGUGCCGAAAAUAUGAAAAGAGUCAAACGAGAUGGUAUUUACACAUUUUUGGACAAUAGCCAUCUUCGAUUUAACGAGGACAUUGUUCGUGCUGGGAAUCUCGCCACAAACGGAGGUCACAUCAAUGCACACUUUGCCUCGAUUGCUCUAUCUGGGGAAGGGGUUGUGAGCAGUCCCGUCAUCAGCCACGAGAUGUUUCGCAUUAUUUAUGGAGUUUCUGUUGGUGAAUAUCGUCGCUUGUAUACGGUAUCUGAAAGACUCGAUGAGAUGUUUAACAUGCAUGCUAUUCUUGUGGAAUGUGGUUCUUUUACGGAAAAGACACUUUCCAGGAACCGUGAUGCUCUGUUUCGUAAUCAAUUUGCUCAGUGCUUGAUUGAAUUCGAAGCAAUUGAUGCAGAUAACACUGUGGAUAAAGGUAAAAUUUUCGAUGAUGCGGUUGGGUCUAACCAGUUUGAAGUGUUUAAUGAGAUGGUUAGGAUUGUGCAGGAGAUUAAAGAUAUGCAGAGGGAUGCCAUGCACUAA